AUGAUACUUCUUCUGUAUGAGGAUGAUAUUAUACUUACUGGGAGUUCUGAUAUUCUUCUUUCCAAGUUAGUUCAAGCUUUAAGUAAAGAAUUUUCCAUGAAACAAUUAGGGGAUUUGAAUUAUUUUUUAGGUAUUGAAGUGAAAAGAACUACAGAUUCUUUAAUCUUAACACAGAAGAAAUAUACACUAAGAUUACUUACAAAAGCUAAUAUGCUUGAGUGUAAACCUUAUGAUACUCCUGUGGUUAAAGAGUCAAGAGCUUCUAUAAAUGAUGGUGUUUUGUUACAAAAUACAGCAGAGUACAGAACAAUAGUUGGCAGUCUUCAGUACUUAACAAUGACUAUGCCUGAUAUAUCUUUUGGAGUCAAUUAUGUAUCUCAGUUUAUGCAUGCUCCAACUGAUACUCAUUAUUUGUUGGUCAAAAGAAUUUUAAGAUACCUAAAGGACACUAUUGGCAUUGGUUUAACUUUGAGAAAAGGUGGUAUUUCUUCUGUGAGAGCUUAUAUUGAUUCAGAUUGGGCUGGAUGCCCAGAUACAAGAAGAUCUACAUAUGGAUAUGCAGUUUUUAUGGGGAGAUCUUUAAUUUGCUGGUCUAGCAAAAAGCAACCAACUGUAUCUAGAUCUUCUGCUGAGGCAGAGUACAAAUGCCUAUCAGUGACUGCUUCUGAAUUAGAGUGGCUUUCAAAUGUGGCCAAACAUAUAGAAGUUCAGUAUCAUGUGAUUAGAGAUCUGGUGAUCAAAGGGCUUAUCAAGAUUCAACAUGUUCCUUCAGAUAACCAGAUUGCAGAUAUUUUUACAAAAGGUUUAUGUUCACCUACCUUUCUUUCUUUACUUCAUCAACUAUCAGGAGAUACUUCAAGUACUACUGUUGAAGACCUUAAGUGUCAGAAUUCUUCAUGUCUUGCUUGUGAAGAAGAACUCUCUUCUGACAGAACUUCUUUACUGUUUUCUGGUUUAACUCAAGGAUACAUGUUUCAUCCCGAACGUAGUACUCGUACAAGAAGUCGCUCAUUAAAGCUUUGGAGACGGCAACAAGAGAUGGCCAUGAAGCUCCGGCAGCAGGAGAAGAGUGACCAAGGGAUUGUGGAGAUUAAGCUAUGA